CUGAAACUACACUCUUAUAUGCUCUCGACGCCCCCUUUCUUUUUUUUUUAAAAAAAAUUAUUUUUUCUGUUCAAUAUCGCAUGGUUCCCUUUUUAUUGGUCUCAUAAAUAUAUUAAUAAAAUAUUAUUUAUUUUAAUUUAAAAAAAAAAACCACGACAGUGGUACACUACACUCCGGACUCACCAACCCCACCAAAAAUAUAAACAAAACCCUAUUGUAUGUAGUUGCACUCCAUAAUACGAGGUGUCCAACACAGAAGCAAGCAGCUAGCAGUUUCCUUUGAAUUAUACUACUAUAACUCCACCACUUUCCACCAGAUUUACAUUGCAGAUGGCUUCAUCAAUGCUGUGGGCUUCAAGGGCGGCUUCUUACCUCAGGAUCUCUGUCUUCCACAGAGGCUUUUCCACUGUUCUAAAGGAUCUGAAAUAUGCGGAUUCUCAUGAGUGGGUGAAGGUUGAGGGUAACUCUGCCACUAUUGGUAUCACUGAUCAUGCUCAAGAUCAUUUAGGUGAUGUUGUGUAUGUUGAAUUACCCGAAGUGGGAGCUGCUGUAAAGCAAGGUGAAAGUUUUGGAGCAGUUGAAAGUGUCAAGGCUACAAGUGAUGUUAAUUCUCCUGUUUCAGGAAAAGUGGUUGAAGUUAAUGAUGAGCUCAGUGGCUCUCCUGCUAAGGUUAACUCAAGUCCAUAUGAGGAUGGAUGGAUUAUAAAGGUUGAGAUGAAAGAUGCUGGGGAGUUGAAGAACUUGAUGGACUCAGAAGAAUACUCUAAGUUCUGUGAGGAAGAAGAUUCAAAGCACUGAGAGCAGAUGCCCUGGCGAUGUUGGAUGUCGGGUUCUAUGCAAAGAGAGAUAACCGGGAAGACGACUGGUUGAGAAUUGUAGCUUUCUUGUUGAUGUUUCCAAACUAUUAUCAGACUAUGUAGUUUAAUGUCCCCGUAUUUGGGUUUCGAUUUGGUGUCAUGUUUUCUUGGAAUAAAUUAUUGGUUUGGGGUUUGGAAAUGAGUGAUUUAACUAUCACUAGUGUACCAAAUUUGGGUUUUGAUAAGGAAAUGACGCUGAAAAGUGAAGCAUUUCAAACA